AUGGACAAUAGUGGCCACCACACAGCGACCAAAAUCCUAGCGACUCCUCCGGCCAGAGAAAGCCUGUCUGCCAGGAGCAACAUGAUGAGCUCGCCCAAGCCCCUCGCCUUCUCCAUUGAGCGCAUCAUGGCGCGGACGCCAGAGCCCCGCUCCAUCCCCGUCCCGCAGCUCCUCCACGGCUCCGUGGCCAAAGGCGACCCCAAGCUGCACCUCAACUCCUCCAUCCCCUGCAUGAUCCCCUUUGUCCCGGUGGCGUACGACCCCCUGCCCAAAGCGGCGGUGGCCGGAGCGGAACCCAGGAAGGCUCAUUUAGACUCCUCUUCCUCGCCCUCCUUUAGCUGCGGCGAUCUCUUGAACUGUGCCCUGAGCUUGAAAGGAGAUUUCCCCCGCGACGCCCUGCCCUUGCAGCAGUACAAACUGCCCAAGGCGUACCUGGCGGAGCGGAACAAGCUGGUGCUGCCUGCCGGGGACAAGUACCCGGCGGGGGUGGCCUUCAAGGACUUGUCGCAGGCUCAGCUGCAGCAUUACAUGAAGGAAAGCGCUCAGAUCCUCUCGGAAAAAAUUGCCUACAAGACCUCGGAGUUCAGCC